AUGGCCGCGUGGUGCCUCCGUCGUGCGGGCGCCGCCCUCGCCGCCUCCUCCGCCGUUGCCGUGGCCCUCGCUGCCUCCUCCGAACCCUCCGCCACGGCCCUCGACGCCGCGUGGCAGCGCGUGGCCCAGCCGGGGGUCGCGCCGCCCCCUCGCGACGCGCAGCGCGCGGCGCUGGCCAGGUCCACGCCCGCGGAGCCCCUUGACGUGCUCGUCGGCGGCGGAGGAGCAACUGGAUGCGGCGCAGCGCUCGAUGCCGCCACCCGUGGACUUCGGGUUGGCCUCGUGGAGCGCGAGGACUUCUCCUCCGGGUCUUCCUCCCGAUCCACCAAACUCAUCCACGGGGGGUCGAUAGUGUUGUGCGGUAGCCUAGGAUAUCGAAUUAGGCUCAAGGAUAAAUUGAAAAUGGGCUAG